CCUGUGCAAUGCGGAUAGCCCUCUAUUUGCUAGCGGCGCAGGCGUGGGCGUCGGAGGUCUGCGUUUCUAAGAAAGGAGAACUCCUCACGACAGACUAUGUCGUGCAGCCAGUCGCAUCGGCGGACAAGGCCCAGCGGUGCUACACGAUCACGCAGCCCAGUAUGCAGGAACUUCUGCAGGACGAGGCCUUCUGGACGCGUGAACACCUGGAAGCAUGGGCGCGGAGCCGGCCCUGGUACGUGUACCUGUUGACGGCCUGGGUGCUGUCCGCGGUGACGACCUUGCUCAAAUGAGCCAGCUUUGCCAACGGACGGAGGAUGCGCUAAGCAGGGACGGCGUCGCCGUCACGCGUGCCGUCUACCCCGAGGCGGCCGGCGAGGCCUGCGCGGCGUGUCUCGCGGCUGGCCUCGACGGCCUGGAGCGCAUGCUCGCGCUGCCUCAAACGAUGGCCGAGCGCAUGCGGGGAGCCUCGUUGCGGCACUUUGUGCCCGUUUGGCCGGCGUCCGCAGAGCCGUGCUUCGCCGCGGCGCUCCGCGCGGCCUUGGCCGGCGAGGCCGGCGCCAUCCUGGUGGAAGCGCUCGGCCGGGAUGCGGAGCUGCGCGAGGUUCAGCUAAUUGUGAGCGAGCCGGGCGCGGCCGCGCAAGACGUGCACAGCGACAGCAAUUGGAGCGCCGAUGCACCGCGACUCGUCACCAUGUUCGUCGCGCUCCACGACCUCCUGGACGAGCGCAUGGGCCCGACGUUUUUUUGGCCGAACACGCACUUGCCCCGUUGCUUUCCAGGCGGGGUCUGGCUCGCGCCGACGGCGUCGCUGGCCGCGGAGCGGAGAUCCGUCUGGUACGCGCAGCGUGCGGGCGACGCGGUGCUCAUGGACGCUUGCGCGUGGCACUGCGGCGGCGCCAACACGUCGGGGACCCGACGGACGCUGCUCGCUGCGUCGUUUGUCGCCCCGGACCGCGACGCCGCUGCGGAACGCGUGCCUCGACUCGGCGACUUUUUCGAAAUAACGCAAUAACGUAACGUAAACGAAAAGCACAGGCACAAACUGAAAUUGGCUAGUGAUAGUGAGACACUAGCCUGAGGUCAAGGGCUUGUGCGGCUGCUCUGCGCUCCGCGCUGCUGUCGACACAGAGGCACAAGCGUCCAGCGGUUUUGAAGCCAAUUCCAGCCUCUACAAGCCCACGUGACUAUCAUCGCUUCACGCAAGCUCUGCUGCACAAAAAAGCUCCUGCCCUGCGAUUCACUCUUUGACAUGGCGUCCGACGACGAUGCGCCGCCGCGCCGCGUGACGCAUACGGAGGGCACGUCGUACAUCGUUGCUUUCGGACAUCCGGAGCUGUUCCCACUUCCUGGAUCGAGGGAUCUUGUUUUCAGCCCGUUCCCGGCGGCCGGCGGCCAAAACCCUUACCAGCCCGUAAGCGGUGUGCUGCGUGAGACACAUACGCAAAUGCAAGAAUCCUGGACCAUAGAUAGCGUGCCCCCUCCCUUCUUCUGCCGCUUCUCCACGUAUGUGUUACACCACUUCUACGAAGCUCUCCGUGGGCUUUCUGAGCGGAGCCGAGGUCUCCGAUUGGAGGAGCUGAUAGGACAUAUGAGGCCCCUCGCAACUGAUCAAUAUGCUGUAGCUAUCCUGAGAAGCAUCGGUGGGGAGGAUCAAGAGAAUAGGGGGACGCUUAUAGUCGCGAUUGCAGUGGCGGCACUCAUCCGCGGCUGUCACGAAGACAAAACGCUCACGGCGUUUUCAGCGACGCUGGAUCCCCCUCCGGCUAUUCUUGAUGCGAGCUGGACCAGCCAUCUCUACUUCAAUUUGAGCGACCGCGAGCGAAAGCGGCUCCGACGGUUUGAUAACGGGGUCCGCCGCAUGCCCUACGUCCUCAUGCGCCAGCUCAUUCUCCGCAAGGCGCCCAAGAACGGGGCGCACGGGCCGGCGCGGCGCCUCGUCCGGCGCAACUUCAUGCCCGACUCUGAGGAGCUCUUCCGCGUCGUCGUGUCGUUCCUCUAAGUGUUGUAAAGUAAUUAGCGAAACGAACUUAUAACUAUAC